CAAUAAAAGUUGCAAAAUCAGGAAAGCAUUUGCUCAUCCAAACACAAAGGCAGAUAAUUAUAAAGUUUUCAGUAGUGAAAACCAAAAUUGGCGCAUAAAUGAUGGCGGCUGAUAACAACAAAACCGCUCUACUUGUCAUUGAUAUGCAGAAUGAUUUUGUGUUGAGUGAUGGGUCAAUGCGUGUGGAUGGUGGUCUAGCUAUUGUUCCUAAUGUUAUCAAAGCUGUUGAUGUUGCUAGACACCGAGGCUAUCUUGUUACUUGGGUUGUACGAGAACAUGACCCAUCGGGAAGAGACGUUGAGCUAUUUCGAAGGCAUUUGUAUGGCAAUGGAAAACCAAAACCGACCUCAAAAGGGAGUAAGGGGGCUGAACUGGUUGAUGGUCUUGUAAUCAAAGAAGAAGAUUAUAAGGUGGUAAAAACUCGGUUUAGUGCAUUUUUCGCUACACCCCUUCAUUCAGUUCUUCAAGGAGCAGGGAUCGACAGUUUGGUUAUUGUUGGUGUUCAAACCCCCAAUUGCAUUAGGCAGACUGUUUUUGAUGCUGUAGAACUGGAUUACAAGUCUGUUACUGUUAUUGUUGAUGCCACAGCUGCUGCUACCCCCGAUGUACAUGCCGAUCACGCUUCCACAUACACCUUUGUGGAUGAAGUUAGACGACACAGUUCUUAUUAGUUAUUACUAUGACUUGCUCCAGUUAGUUGGUUCACGGGUCAGAUUAGAUUGUUAGCCAUUCUGAUCUAAAUCUGGCCCAUUGACGGGCCUGAUUGACAUAACGUUGAGCAAAAUUUCAUGAAGAGAACAGCAGGUAGUUUUGGACAAAGACCUAUUCAAGCAUAAUUGUUGGGUAUUUUCACUUCAAGAAUGUGUCUCAAAUGAUUAGCGAGCUAUCUGUGUUAUAAUAUCUCUAUUUGGAGAUCCAUUUAGACUAAAAUGCAGAAUUCAAAUUUGUCUAGGUUUUAUUUGGAUUUUUCAUCUUUUUGCAAUAAUAAGUUGUAAUAAUGGCGCUCUGUUGGAAGUAGAAGUGGCCAUAUAAUCAGUCACUGUCUUAGGUUUGUAAAGUGGCUAAUUGACAGCUUGGCCAAAGUAGUUAAACUCGAGUACUUAACCUUUUCUAAAAGGAUGGAAACAUUGAGAAUAUGAUUUGCCA